AACAGCGUAAUUUUGUCAAGCACAAUCGAUAAGGAAAUGAUAUCGAUUCCCUUUGCCAUUGUUAUAUAAAACAAUUUUGAGAUUCGACAAGCACAAACGGCAUAAUGUCGUGGGCGAUUUUUUUGUGUGCUCUUUUGCUCUGUGGAAGCAAUUGUUUUGCUUACAAGAUUCAAAAUAAAUCAUGGUGGAAUAACACCGUUUUUUAUCAGAUUUAUCCGAGAAGUUUCUGUGACUCAGAUGCCGAUGGAAUAGGCGAUUUAAAGGGGAUAACUUCGAAGUUGGAUUAUAUUGCGGAAACUGGCAUCAAUGCGAUUUGGCUGUCGCCCAUAUAUACAAGUCCUAUGGUUGAUUUUGGAUAUGAUAUAUCCGAUUUUGUUAACAUCGAUCCAAUUUUUGGUUCAUUGAAAGACUUUAAAAUUCUUCUGGCACGCGCUAAAAAGCUCGGUCUAAAAGUAAUUCUCGAUCUUGUGCCGAAUCAUACAUCUGAUAAGCAUAUAUGGUUUCAAAAGGCUCUUCGAGGUCAUAAAAAGUAUAAGAAUUAUUAUAUUUGGGCAGAUGGCAGAAAUAAUGACGACAAAACACCGCCUAACAAUUGGAUUAGUGUAUUUGGUGGAUCCGCGUGGACUUAUGUAAAAUCACUAAAUCAGUGGUAUUUCCAUCAAUUUGAGUAUAGACAACCUGACUUAAAUUUUCGUAAUCCUGCAGUAAGAAAGGAGAUGUUGAACGUGUUGAAAUUUUGGUUGGAUUUAGGUGUAGACGGAUUCCGCGUUGAUUCGGCCCCAUUUAUUUAUGAAAACCCAGAAUUGCUAGACGAACCUAAAAGUAACAUAGACGGUGCCACGUCGCGAGAGCAUAAGUAUUUGAAGCAUAUUUACACCAUGGAUUUAAUCGAUACUUAUAAAUUGUUUGGAAAGUGGCGAAAAUUCUUGGACUUAUAUGCUUCAAAACGUAAUCAGGAUCGGAAGUUGAUGUUGAUGGAGGCGUACUCUGAUUCUAAGUAUACUAUGCAAUAUUACUAUUAUGAUUUAGUUCCGUUUAAUUUCAACUUUAUUACAAAUGUGAACGCAACAUCGUCUGCGCAAAAAUUUAAACAACAAAUAGAUCUGUGGAUGAAUUCGAUGCCAAGAGGUAAAAUCGCUAAUUGGGCGAUGGGAAAUCACGAUAAUCCUCGAGUUGCCUCUCGUUAUCCUAACAGAUCGGAUCAAAUGACUAUGUUGUCUAUGGUCUUGCCAGGCUUGACAGUGACAUAUAACGGUGAAGAAAUUGGCAUGGUGGACAAGAGAGAUAUAUCUUGGGAAGAUACACAGGACCCUCAGGGGUGUAUUGCGGGUAAAGAGAAAUUUAAGAGUACGUCCCGUGAUCCUGAACGCACGCCAUUCCAAUGGGACGCGACAAAAAAUGCAGGUUUUAGUACAGCAAAUUCGACGUGGCUUCCGGUACAUCAGAACUAUAAGGAAUUGAACCUGGCGAACCAAAUGGCAGCCGAUAAAUCGCACUACAAGAUUUAUAAGACCUUAGCUCACAUGCACCGAACAGAACCGGCCCUUACUGAAGGAAGUUAUAAAUCAAUUACAACAAACAAUGGCACUGUUCUAGGUAUAAUUCGAAACAAAGGUAGCCGCGUCGUGUUGCUUCUGAUUAACUUUAGUAAUGAAGAACAACAAGUUGUCGAUUUGUCACAAGAAGAACUUCCUUCGAAAUUGAAGGUCAAAGUCUCCAGUAUGGGUUCCAAAGUGAUACAUGGGAAAUUGGUUGAUGUAAACAAGAUGUCUUUACCUGCUCAAGAUACUGUAAUAUACACGUCCAUAUGCAAGUCCAUAGUAGUAUGUCAAGAGCAGUGUUGCACGUGUUUGUACAAACAUUCGACGAAGGUGACAGUGAUUGUCUGUGAUCCCGAACUUCUUUCCUCCACGGAUAUGGUAGAUGUUACAACAGCUUUGCCAUCCAAUGGAAGGGCGUCGUUAAUUGGACGCACCAGAGGUGCUCUUAGAUCUGUGCGAACCGCUCUAGGAGGAAGCGGGGAAUAUCUUCAGGGCCUAGGGAACAGAAUAGGAUCUGCUCUUAGCAGUAGCUUAGAAGAAAGCGAAUUGACUACAACCCCUUCUACGCCAUCAUCAUCGCCGCAAGCACCUGCAUUGCAGUCUAUCAAGUCAGAAGAGCAUUUAGGACGGCGGAAACUCAGGCUUCCGAGAUUUGGCGCGGGACUAUCCUACGAGGAUUAUGAGGCAAUAGCGCGACAUAAAUUAGAACGGCAGGGUAGCGCCAGUCUUUCCAGAACAAGAAAAUAUCCACCUGGGAUGACUUACGAAGAGAUAGCAUCCUCCAGAUCAGUCUCAAGUAAGAAACAGGAGAAUCGAAUUGAACAGGAUGAUAUCAGUCCUGAUCGCGACAGCCAGGAAAGUAUAGAGCCCAUUCAGGAGCAGGACAUCAAAGCGACCGGGCCCGAUCCUUACGAGAAAUUGAAUUACAAAGCAGACAUGCCUUGCAGCAGUGAUUCUACGAGUGAUCAAGAUGGAUACGGACCCAGCACUAGCUUAGAUUCUAACAUGGAUGGUCGCAGAAUAUGGCAAAGAUCAGGUUCAUCGGGAUCUGUUCAAUCCUGGGCUUCGAGCUUAUCAGCUGACAGUCAGUCGGAGGAAGCUGCUGCAGACUUCAUGAAAGCUUUUGUACCUUUACUAUUCGACGCGCCUAAUACUAUCGAUCAAGAACAAAAGGCUAAUUUUGGGCAGAUGGUUUUGACAGAAUCGGGAAGAGUAUGGUUUUCCAGGGUAGUAAACGCGAGAAGGGCACGUGCGUGUGUCACAGAAGCUUCAUUUUAUUCUUUGGCGCAGCAUUUCGCAGUCGCGCUGUUUGAAUGCCAUGAAGCGGAUGAUUUUGCUCCCGCUAAAAGUCUUAUGAACAUGUGCUUCACUUUCUAUCAUGAAGUGGAAGUUCCUGGAUUAGAGCCUUACCGUGAAUAUUUAUACACACAUUUACGCGUUCAACCAAUAUGGACAUCUAUGAGAUUUUGGACAGCUGCUUUCUUUGACGCAGUACAAUGUGAGCGAGCGUCAAGACCGGUACCACCUCGACCGAAAUCCUUAGAUCAGGAAAGUAUCGCUGCUGAAGAUAGAAAGUUUCAAGCAAACAUUGUCUUUGGACAAUUAGGGACUUUUACUUGCAACAUGCAUGCUUUCGGCCUGUCACGAGCUUUAUGCACAGAGUUCCUUCGGAAACAAUGUAUUAUAGCGAAUUUAACUAAAGAACAAGAGAAAAUGUUACGAGAUAACAUAGAUCGAAUGUUCGAUGAGACCGAGCCUUGGCGGUAGUUUAGUUUGAAUAAACAGAUAAGAUUGAUUUUGAAAAUUGUUUUAAAGAAACAUUUUGCAAUGUUUCUUCUUGGAAAUAUUUCCGACGAAAUCGAAUUGUCUUCAAACGCCGAGAAAGCGAUGAAGUCAAUUAUGAAAACAAUCUUGUAAAUAACGUUGAUGUUAAGUCGACAUUUGUUGAAUCUUUCGCGGUAUUCGACGCUGGACACGUCAAUUCCUAAGAUGCAAACACUGCACAGAUUCGCGCCUUAAUUGUGAAAAGUAUAUUGAAUCUUACGUUUCUGAAAACUAUGAAAAGAUUACGAAAGAUUUUUCCAAAAUCGCUGAAACGAGGAUUGAGGAAUUAAUCCUAUAACG